AUGAACUGCCAGGCAUAUGGCGUAUACCUGACGCCCAAAGAGUUGGAAGGACAAAACUUGAUCGUUCGUGAGCGCUGCCUCCAGUUGCCGUCAGCACGGAAAGCUGCACAAGGAGCGCGAUUCCGAGUAUGUCUGUGGGAGGUUCGGCUAGACGAUAAAGUCGACAAGCCGUGGAGGCUUUUCGGACUUUAUCGAGCUGAGCUGGGGAAAGGCAGCUGGUUGCUUGUUUGCAGUCGUCAGGCAGAGCGAAUAGAGUCCUCGAAUGCUCUUGAUGGCAAGGCCGGACUCAACGCUGCCGCUGGGUAUACCGUUCUAGAUGGCUCCUUACAACUCUUGGUUCCACAAGAUCCGGUCCUGUUACUGUUUUCUUCGAUAGAGGACUUCUUUAGUGAGGAUACGCCUCAGCCCUGGUCUCAAUUUGUCGACGCGCUACAGCAUUCGAGCUGGCUCUUCGAAUAUCUACACGAAGACGUCGUCGCGCGGCUGCUCCUCGACAAUGGGGCGACGAAUCAACGCGAGGAUAGCGACGGCAAACGACUACCUAAAUUGUACUAUUUUUCGGAGAAGAAAGCGCUUGCAUUUUUACUGAAAAAGUUUAGCUCCGUGUGUGCUGUUCUCGGUGGUUUGGGUGAAACGGAGAAGCUGCAGAAUGCGCUACAGAUUGUAACCCACAUGGCCGGUAGCAACUGGGCCGAGCGCUUAGCAAGUAUUGUCGGACGUGAAGUUUGA